AUGGCCGCCGCCGAGGAGUUGCAAGAUGGACAAAAAUUUUAUGUAUUUUAUUGCAUGGAAUGCCAUGCGAUCUUUGGAGAUAGUUUAGCAACGGCUAGGAUGAACAAAAGUUUAAAAAGCAUAUCACUUAAUGGUUGGUAAUCAAUAAUCAAAAUGUGUAACAGUUGUACAAACUUUUCUACAGAAUCUGUAUUUGAUUAUAUAAAUAUUGGGUAGUCCCCUCUCAGGAACCCUUUGAGAAAUGAGAAUUUAGUGUCUCUCUAUGUUUUUCAAGCGGUCACCGAAUCUGUGAAAGUGACUAACUUAUUUGAAACGUCUGCUGAUGGAGAAGAUCGAGGAAGGUAUUAUAAAAUAAAGUCUUACUAAUGUCCACUUGUUUACAAUCCUUCCAAUUUUUGGUGAUUAUAGCAAAGGUGAUAAAAAAGCCAUAAAAUUGUAUUUUCUCACAGUACGUACCGUGUCCUAGAGUGCAAGUCAUGUCAGCAUCCUAUUGGUCGUAUGUAUGAUACAACGCCAAGAAAGCUUGACAGCAUCAGGCAAGUAUUAAAACAUGUUUUCAGAUACAGUAUUUGCCAUGGUGCAUGAACCAAGAAUGGGGAAACAAAUCCGCCAGGAAGGGUGCAUAUGUUCUCCACCCCAUCCAGACUUAUCAUUGUACAGCUUACCAAAAUUUAACGUCUGAUUAACUGAACUUUCAAAAGAAAUUCUCCCCCUGCGAUUCUCUCCCAGCAGAUUAGGGGUGCGAGGCAAUAAUGUUUCCUCAUUAUUUUCUAUAUGUAGAGAUCUCUAUACACUCGACUGGAAUAAAGUAAAAAGUUAUCAACUUGGAAGAUGCACAAAUAAAAACUCCAAACCAGAAAUGGAAGAUGCAGAAUUAAUGGUAUAUAGUGUUUCUCAAUUUGACUUAGCUUCUAAUUGCCAGAUUAUUGUGUCUUACUGUAGGUGUCACAUGAUUGCCUUAUAGAGUGUAACAUGCAGUUACCUGGCCUUCAGCAUCAGGCCAAGCUAAUGAAUUGUGAUGUUUACGAGGAUGCUUUCUGUUAUUUUCACAGACACGUUCAAUGCUACUUUGUUUAACUGAAAGAGUUGAUAGUGUAACUGAAAGAGUUGAUAAUGUAACUGAAAGGGUUGAGAAGUUGGAAUCAUUAGUGGAAGAGGUUGGAAGCGAAGAUGAAUUUCCAGAAAAUGAACUUGAUUCAAACAGAAACGAGAAAAAGCGAAAGAUUAGAUAA